AGUGAUUAACUUCUGAGUAUAAAGUGAAGAGAACGUCAGGGUGAGGACGAGAUUGUCACGACCUUCACACUGAGAAAAUCAGUUUUUCCCGUCUGUGUUGGACUGUGAGCAGCGAUGAGUGACAGUGAAAACGAUAGUGAAAUUUACUUCUCUGUUAAAUUCCUUGGCCGCCUGGAGGUGACGUGUCCGGUGGGAAUGGAGAUUCUGAUGGAGGCUGCAGCAGCACUGCAGAAAGAGAAGAAGAAGAAGAAUAAAGUUCACCUGUUUCUCUCCAGAAGAUCCAUCGAUAUCCUGCAAUUUAAGACUAAAUUCAUGAUGUACUCCUGCACUCUCUCGUCCGUGUCCUUCUGCGCUGUUCAUCAGAUUCAGUCCAAACUGUUCGGCUUCAUGGCGAAACACCCGGCUCUCGACUCACACCACUGCUACGUCUUCCAGAGCACAAAGUUUUCUCACCUGUUGGCGUCAGUGAUUGGAGAUGCGGUCAAGGCCAGCAGACGCUCGGACAGCGUGAGGGGAAGUCGUGACCUGGUGGUGGAGGCCCUCAGACACAAGAAUAAAUUGCUGCAAAGGGAGAAUGCAGAACUAAGAAAUAAACUUCAGGGGAAAGCAGGAAUAGACAGCUCUGAGGAAGAAACGGAUAACUCGGAAACAGAUCGACCCACAUCACAUGUGAGAUUCAACUCAGGCAGAGAUACAACCACUUUGCAAAGAAACCUCUAAGUGAGAGAGAGUGUGUGUGUGUGUGUGUGUGUGUGAGAGAGAGAGAGAGAGAGAGAGAGAGAGAGAGAGAGAGAGAGAGAGUGUGUGUGUGUGUGUGUGUGUGUGUGUGUGUGUGUGUGUGUGUGUGUGUGUGUGUGUGUUAGUGGUGAAGCCCCCCUGCAUAACAGAAACACACAGAUGAGUGUGUAAGCAGUGAAGAUGUCACAGGACUGGAUAAUAAUAAUUUAUGCAUAAUUAAUCAUUAAAAUAAUUAAUAUUUUAUUUUAGAGUAAAUCAAUAAUGUAUAGACAAGCUAGAGAAACUGAUUUUAAUAUUAUAUAUUAAUUUUAAUGUAUUAAACUACAAUAAUCUCUAAUUAAACCUCCUCAAUCUGCCAUCAUUCACAAGAAAAACACACAGAAAUGAAAAUAAGACUGAUAAUAAUAAUAAUAAUAAUAAUAAUAAUAAUAAUAAUAAUAAUGUACACUAUGUAUUGCACUGUACAUCCAGUAAAUAAAUUCUCAGAUUUCUACACCA